CUCUUCCCUAGAACUAGGAGAUAGGGAAGUUGUCUGACAAUAAUUAGCCAGCAGAAAUACUUUUUAGGUCACGAGAAAAUAGAUAUGAAGUUCUUAAAUAGGUGUGGUGUAUAGGUGUAGUAUAAGUUACCUUUAAAUAUCCUACACUUCCCACAGGAUAUAAAAAAAACUCGAAGUCGCCUUCUAAGCUUGGGAAAGCGGUGCCUUCUACGCUACAACCAGACUCAUCUCCUUGUCACUAUGCCGUUCCCCUUUGGGAAGUCUCAGAAGAACCCUGCGGAGAUUGUGAAGAGUCUGAAGGAGAACGUAGCUUACUUGGAAAAGCUGGAUGCGGCAGAAAGCAAAAAAUGUGAAAAGGUUGCAGAGGAGGUGUCUAAGAACCUAUCAUCUCUGAAAGAGGUGCUGUGUGGUUCAGGGGACAAGGAGCCCCAAACGGAGGCUGUGGCCCAACUUGCCCAGGAGCUGUACAACACCAACCUCCUCAUUGCUCUCAUCGCAAACCUGCAGAGGAUUGAUUUUGAGGGAAAGAAGGAUGUGGUGCAUCUGUUCAGCAACAUUGUGCGGCGCCAGAUUGGCACCCGUACGCCCACGGUUGAGUAUAUCUCCUCACACCCACAGAUCCUCUUCAUGCUGCUGAAAGGGUACGAGAGUGCAGAGGUGGCUCUGAACUGUGGGGUGAUGUUAAGGGAGAGCCUGCGUCAUGAGCCCCUGGCCCGCACAAUUCUCUUCUCGGAGGACUUCUACUGCUUCUUCCGCUAUGUAGAGUUCUCCACCUUCGACAUCGCCUCAGACGCUUUCGCUUCGUUCAAGGAUCUUCUCACGAGACACAAGAUUAUGUGUGCAGAUUUUCUGGAGACCAAUUAUGACCGGGUGUUUACAGAAUAUGAGAAGCUACUGCAUUCCGAGAAUUAUGUCACCAAACGGCAGUCCCUAAAGCUCCUGGGAGAGCUUCUUCUGGACCGACACAACUUCACUGUGAUGACCAAGUACAUCAGCCGGGCUGAGAACUUGAAGCUGAUGAUGAACAUGCUGAGAGACAACAGCCGCAACAUCCAGUUUGAGGCCUUCCAUGUCUUCAAGGUGUUUGUGGCCAACCCCAACAAGACCCAGCCGGUGCUGGACAUCCUGCUGAAGAAUCAGGCCAAGCUGGUGGACUUCCUGAGCCGUUUCCAGAGAGACCGCUCAGAGGACGAGCAGUUCUGCGACGAGAAGAUUUACCUGAUCAAGCAGAUCCGUGACCUGAAGAGGCCCACAGCACCAGAGGAGGCAUGAGGGAGACAGCACCAGAGGAGGAAUGAGGGGACAGCACCAGAGGAAGCAUGAGGGAGACAGUCAGGGGGACAGCACCAGAGGAGGCAUGAGGGGACAGGCAGGGGGACCGUGCCAAAGCACAGGUAGUGGUGAUGCUAGUGAUUUUGGUUGGGGCCUUGGAGUAUUCAGAGAGAGAAUGACAGUGAGAGAAGCAUACUUAACUAGAUUCCAUUACUCUGCCCUUCUCUUAACAAUAUACUGUACAAAGUCCCCCCCCACACGCAACAGGAGUGACCCGAGAACUGUUAGUUAAACCAUAGAUCUAUUUCAGCCAGCAGGUAUGAUAUCAAUGCACUUAGUCAGAUGAUGGUAUAUUGAACCUUAAACACACCAUUAGCCUCUUUUAAUAAGCACAGUAGCACACCUGAGCAAUUUCCUGGGAAAUCAGGAUAAGUGGUCCACAAAAUAGAAUACACUCUCCCUGACACAGACUCCCCAAACCUUACAGGAACUUUGAAAUGGAUUUGUAAGCUUUUAAAGACAGAUGUCCUAUAUGAUAUUUUAGGGAUUAGAAUAUAAAAAUAAAGAUUAUUUUGCUGGGGUUAUUCAGUUAACAUUUAUUUUGUAGUGGUCUUGUUUCUGACACCAUACUUAACUAAUUCCAUAAUAUGUUGGUUUAUUGCUUAGCUUUGGAUAGACUCUUGGGUCAGAGUAGGUCAUUGUAAUCUUUAGUUGAUAACAUGGUAAUUAUCUUCAGUCCAUCUCCUAAUGACAAACCCUGACAAUGGAAGGCUCAAAGACGUGAGUCCGCAGCAACUGUUGUCCUAAUAGGAGCCAUCCAUCAGAGAUGACAGUAAAAAAAAACUAUAUGAAAACAUGAAUCAAUGAUAUGAUAGUAUGGCCCAGGCUAGUGGACUAUAAUAGAACCUACAGAUGGUUUUAGUAGGGCCCAGGCUAGUGGACUAUAAUAGAACCUACAGAUGGUUUUAGUAGGGCCCAGGCUAGUGGACUAUAAUAGAACCUACAGAUGGUUUUAGUAGGGCCCAGGCUAGUGGACUAUAAUAGAACCUAAAGAUGGUUUUAGUAGGGCCCAGGCUAGUGGACUAUAAUAGAACCUACAGAUGGUUUUAGUAGGGCCCAGGCUAGUGGACUAUAAUAGAACCUACAGAUGGUUUUAGUAGGGCCCAGGCUAGUGGACUAUAAUAGAACCUACAGAUGGUUUUAGUAGGGCCCAGGCUAGUGGACUAUAAUAGAACCUACAGAUGGUUUUAGUAGGGCCCAGGCUAGUGGACUAUAAUAGAACCUACAGAUGGUUUUAGUAGGGCCCAGGCUAGUGGACUAUAAUAGAACCUACAGAUGGUUUUAGUAGGGCCCAGACUAGUGGACUAUAAUAGAACCUACAGAUGGUUUUAGUAGGGCCCAGGCUAGUGGACUAUAAUAGAACCUACAGAUGGUUUUAGUAGGGCCCAGGCUAGUGGACUAUAAUAGAACCUACAGAUGGUUUUAGUAGGGGCCAGGCUAGUGGACUAUAAUAGAAACUAAAGAUGGUUUUAGUAGGGCCCAGGCUAGUGGACUAUAAUAGAACCUACAGAUGGUUUUAGUAGGGGCCAGGCUAGUGGACUAUAAUAGAACCUACAGAUGGUUUUUGUAGGGCCCAGGCUAGUGGACUAUAAUAGAACCUACAGAUGGUUUUUGUAGGGCCCAGACUAGUGGACUAUAAUAGAACCUAAAGAUGGUUUUAGUAGGGCCCAGGCUAGUGGACUAUAAUAGAACCUACAGAUGGUUUUUGUAGGGCCCAGGCUAGUGGACUAUAAUAGAACCUACAGAUGGUUUUUGUAGGGCCCAGGCUAGUGGACUAUAAUAGAACCUACAGAUGGUUUUUGUAGGGCCCAGGCUAGUGGACUAUAAUAGAACCUACAGAUGGUUUUAGUAGGGCCCAGGCUAGUGGACUAUAAUAGAACCUACAGAUGGUUUUAGUAGGGCCCAGGCUAGUGGACCAUAAUAGAACCUACAGAUGGUUUUAGUAGGGCCCAGGCUAGUGGACUAUAAUAGAACCUACAGAUGGUUUUAGUAGGGCCCAGGCUAGUGGACCAUAAUAGAACCUACAGAUGGUUUUAGUAGGGCCCAGGCUAGUGGACUAUAAUAGAACCUACAGAUGGUUUUAGUAGGGCCCAGGCUAGUGGACCAUAAUAGAACCUACAGAUGGUUUUAGUAGGGCCCAGGCUAGGCUGCAGGGUGAUCUUAGGCAGCCAUCCAUUCUUUAGUCUGAUUGAUCCUAAUGAUUGCACUCUUUUUUUUCUUUUUCUCCUGGCACGGACGCUUGCUAGUUUUCAUGUGCAGUUAGGAACUGGUGUAAGUUAGGAAGGUGUUUAUUAUUUUUAAGAAAUGAUCACUAAAUAAUAUAAAGAUGAGAUGUACCCCCCAACAAUAUUACUAACACAUAGUAUCUAUGGGACGAGUAAUACAAUACGAAAGUAACACUGUACUGUUUAAGAGGAGCCGAAUCUGCCCAGUCCUGGUACUCUAGUAAACAUGGGCUUACUGUGAGCUGCAUGCUGCUUCUCUCAGGCAGCCAGACGCACUGGUCAAGAAUCCACAGAAUGGCCAUAAUGAUCGACACCGUCAAACUUAAAUGAGCCAAUUCGGAUGAAGUAUGUUCUACCAAUUGCACCUAAUUGGCCACUCCUCAAUUCUCUACUCAAGUUUAGGACCUAUCAAUACCUCAAUCAAUAAUUACGUUGUAUGUUGUCCAGAUGAACUACAAAAUGGGAUUCUCAUGAAAUAACAGCAUUUUGCCUUACCUAGUGUCACUUAAAUUGCAUAACAGAUUACAAAAAAAUAUGGUGUCUGCACAAUUUUCUAGUAUAUACCUCAUGGUGUUUUGAGUUCAUAAGGGCUGUUUUCUCUACUUUCCUUGACAAUAUAUUUUGGACAAAGAGCAAUGGUUUGUAUUAUACAUGCUAAAUAUGUCAAUGGUUUUGUUUUAACUUCAACAGGGAGUGGGACCUGGUUUUCUUUAAGGGGAAAACCAGAAUCUUACAGCGAAAUGUAUUAGUUGGGUGCCUCAAAUUUCAAUUCAUAUUGAAUAAGAGGACACACAAGUAUGAAUGUUGCCUUACUUUCAGAAUUGCAAUUUGAUUGGGAAGACCAUGUAUGUGGAGGUAUAGACCUCUCCAAUCUUCUUAAUCAAAGGUAGUAUAAGGGGCAGUGCUUGACUUGACUGAGAUGGGUGCCAGUACUAAUUUUGGGUGCUGGUUCUGUUUACAUUUAGAUGCAGGAGCUCCUCAAUACUUUUGAGCUAAUAUUCUGUAAGAGGAACAGGAGCUCAAGCAGUAGAAAACUUGAGGUGCUGGCACUAUACUCCGGUUAGCUCCUGCCCAAGUCGAGCGGGGGGGAAAUAAUGUAUUUCAAGUCCCAAAAAACGCCAACUUCACAGGCCCAGAUUAAAUUAUUAACUGCAAAUGUGAUUUAUUGAAUAUAGAUAAACCUUGAAUGGAAUACAUAUGAACUAUUCCAGGAGUUUUUACCAAAAGUGCAAUUCAGUCCAGUAGUACUGUAGGCUUAAUCCCGUUCACUGUAAUCAGCCCACAGUCUGUUAUUUAUAGGAAUUCCAGAGCACCUGUUUUGUGGUAGACCAAGCAUUAAUGUUUGAUCAAAACUUUAAACUGAAUAAUUUAUUGGAGGAAAUCAAAUAUAAAGCUAAACAUUUCUGAUAAUUUUCAGACUUGUGGUUAUUUGGCUAGUAUAAUAACUCAAUGACAACAUACAAAAAUGAUCAAGAUUUGUCAAGGCUAAAUUAUUUUUUGGGCGAUUCAGAAUUUGAACUGUAAAAUGUAUGUUGUGCUUUACCUUUUUCACUGUUGCCUUCCUUUUUCCCCCAAUUUUUGAUUAUUUUCUUUAUUUACUGUGGGAGAGGAUUAAAUGUCUACAUAGCUUUAUUUUAAAAGGUGAAAGUGUGGAAGCAUAUAUAAAAAUAAAAUUAAGACAUCUUU